AUGCCAGUUGACCUGCAUUGUCUUAUGAUGCAGAUACAGAUUAGUAGUCGCAACCUGGAUAGAGUGCACAAAUUGAAGAGUGCAAUGACAAGGUUGACUAGUCAGGUUCAAAAAGUCAGGGAUGAUCUCGAACAACUUCUCGAAGAUGAUGGUGACAUGGCUGACCUUUACCUCUCAAGAAAAUUAGUUGCCGGAGUUUCAUCCCCCCUGAGUGGUCAGGUGGCACCUUACUGGUCCCCUGAUACGUCCUCAAUACACUCAAAGUUAUUAUCCAAACCAAGCAGGAUCUGCGGGAUAACUCAUGAGGAGACUGAUGUUGAGGAACUUGAAAUGUUGCUUGAGGCGAACUUUGUGCAAAUUGAAAGCACGAUGAACAAAUUGACAACGUUGCGCGAAUAUAUUGAUGACACCGAGGACUAUAUCAAUAUUCAGCUGGACAAUCAUCGAAAUCAGCUGAUCCAGUUGGAGCUGUUCCUUAGUUUUGGUACAGUUUGUUUGACAGUGUACUCCUUGGUGGCUGCAAUAUUGGGAAUGAAUAUUCCAGUUCCUUGGAAGAAAGACCAUGGAUACCUUUUUAAAUGGGUGGUCAUUCUUGCUGGAAUUGCUUCUGCAUCCGUUUUCUUAUCAAUAAUUACAUAUGCUAGGCACAAGGGUCUUGUUGGAUCUUAAAUCUUAAUAAUCAUUACUCCUCCAAUCUCUUAUUAUAAUAUAAAAUACACCCUACAUGUCAACAUGUUGAAAUUUAAUUUCUAAAUUGCAACUUUUCGAGGAAGAGGCAGAGCCAUGGAGAUAAGAUAUGCAAAAAUGUUAUGAUACGAACUUAUGACCGUAUAUAAAAUCUCACAUACGGACAAAUAUAAUUUGCUGACAAGCGGAUUCAACUAACCACCUUUGAACUAAUAUGACUCCACCACUGGUUGCAAAUCAGUCAGAAGUUUCCACAACAAUGGAAAAAGAAAGAAUUUAAGGAUGGUCUACGAGCUACAACAAUUUCUUUUGUAAAAUUCAGAGUUUGCUCCACCUAUAUCUUUGAUUCUCAAAGGGGCUAUAUACACAUAAAUAACCUAUAUAUAUAUAUUAAAGAGAAUAAUAUACACAAAAGAAACUAUUUAUAACUCAAAAUUCAAAUUUGAACUAUUUGUGAUUUGUUUAUUAAACUAUAAAGAAAAUAACAAGUGACAAAUAAGAGUGAAGUAC